CAUUGAAGCAUUGAUGCUAUGAAGAUGGACGCUCAUGUCGAAGUUACCACACAGCGAGCUGAUUUAUAAACUGCCGUAGCCAUUUGCCCACGUGUAUGGGCAACGAAUACACAAAGCCGUUAAUUGUUUUUCCUAUUUAAUCAUUUUUUAACCAUUUUGGAAAUCACAAGGCAUUGAAUUUACCGUGGGAACAAUAUGAAAAUACAGUUUUAAAAGCAACAUUUUCCAAGUUUUGCCAGAACUUCCUACAUCAGAAUGAAGGAACGGACAGAUGCUCCUCAGGACCGGGGCUGCCUGGUGGGGAUCUGUUUCUUCAUUCUGGGCCUGGGAACACUGCUACCAUGGAACUUCUUCAUGACUGCCUCAUUGUAUUUCCAGGCUCGCCUCAACACGACAGAAUGGAGCAACAGCACCACGGUUGUCCGCAAAGAGUACUACUUCAACAACUGGAUGACCCUGCUGUCCCAGCUGCCCCUGCUGCUGUUCACCCUGCUCAACUCCUUCCUGUACCAUAGGAUAUCAGAGGCAGUGCGCAUCGCAGGCAGCCUGGUUUUCAUCCUGCUGCUCUUCAUCCUCACAGCAGUGAUCGUCAAGGUGCCCAUGGAGGAAGAUUGCUUCUUCUCCGUCACCAUGGCUACUAUCUGGUUCAUCAACUCCUUCGGGGCCGUGCUGCAGGGCAGUUGUUUCGGCCUGGUGGGUCUCCUGCCUCAGAAGUACAGCACGGUGUUCAUGAGUGGCCAGGGCCUCGCCGGGACCUUCGCUGCCAUCGCUAUGCUGCUCGCCAUCGCCAGUGAG